AACCAUUACAUAUUUUGAUUGGGUUUGUUUACUUACUAAAAGCUUUUAAGGGACUGUAAAGCAACGUCGAAAAGCUUUUUUUGAACCGUUCCUUUUUCUAAUCCUGGAAAGCAUGUUCUUGAAUGAAAAAAUGUAAUAUUUUAUAUGAAAUACACAUAAGUUUGAAAACAAUUUUAUACAAAAAAAAUAGAUUAGUUUACUAUUAUUAAGAAAUCCAACUUAUAAAUAAGAGUUCGUUGUUCGAAAACAAAUUUUGUUUUUACACUUCGAACAUUUUUAAAUUCUUUAAAUUACCUCAUUAACUUCAUUUCAGAUAAGAAGACUUUUCGAGGGCUUUUUCCAUCUUAAGGCUGCAUAUUAAUCACCCCCACCCAACCCUGCUUAUCGCAAAUUAUCCGGCCCCAUCCAUCGCAGGACCUUAAAUCAUGUCACCGUGCUCACCGCUUAUCUGAAAGUCAUUUAACACAUGUGUGUGUUCCAGCAACUGGCAUGUUAAUUAUAUCCUUUUUGGCAGGCUCAUCUGGGGAUCUUGGGGGCUCCUUUGUGGCCACUUUUGCUUGAAAUUAAAAUGGUAUUAUUCGAGCUUAUCUGCGGGGCCUUAAAGCGGCCGCAAAACUAAGGUCCUAAUGGCCUCGCACACCAGCACACGCUCUUUAACUGUUUUAAACGCCAUUGUUAAAAUAUUGCUCAUACGCACUUCCGCCCGAAAUGGGGUCUCCUCUCUUCGGCAGCACUAAUGAUGCCCAAGAACAUGGAGCAAAGGACCCGGCGAAGGCAGGAGCAUCCACAGUCAUGUCCCCGGUGGAACAAAGUUGGCUCCGCCCACCAGCAGGAGCAGCAGCCGAUGACAGCGGCAGAUAAAAGGGCAGCGGCAAAGUGGGUGGGGGUGGUGCGCAGAGCGCGCCUGCGCAUCAGUCACCGCAGGAACGCAGGGCGAUGGGGUGACAUCCUUGCUGAUUACACCUCCCCCAGCCCACACAGGACGAUACCGCCUAAGGGGAGGAGUGUGUCGCCAUCUUUGAGCGUGGACUGGACGGGAUGAUCUGGCCGCCACAUUAACUUGGAGUGCGCGCUACCAAGUGCAACACGUCGCGGACGACAUAAUAGCGGUACUUUGCGGUUUAGAUUCGUCGGUCACACGUAGUCAAUAACCCGCGAAAAAGGACCAAUUCCGAGAACAUUUCUUGGUCAACACACAGAAAAACAAACAGUGGCACACUAGAGGAGCAAAGAAGCAAACAAACAAAACACACACUCGACAAGGAGUGCGGAAAACUUGGACACAUACGCCCAGCUUGUUGCUGGCUGUGGGCGUGGCAACAAAAAACCGACAAGGACACACAUGUGUCCUGCCAGUGUGUCGCGGAAAUUUUUGUGCGGAAAUUAUAGAAAUUUCGCUUUUUGAUUUCAUUUUCGUUCCGCUUUCGUUGCGGCCCAUCUACCGCCCACCUCCACCUAUUGUGCACCUGUGCGAAAAGGGCAUCGAUAAAUGCCCAAGGAGCCCGCCGCCUUCGUUGCCGUCGGUGUCCAUUUGGCGUCGUCGUCGUCCUUGCACUGACAAAUUCCCUUGCAUAUCCGCUCCAGGACUAGCAACUUUGACUGCAAACAAAACCGUCAUUCGCGUGGCGCGUCGUUGUCGCGUUCACUUGUCGCAUAUCCGUCGCCAUUUUGACAAUAAUUUCAUUUCCGGUCGCCAAUUUAUACGCACUUGAGUGAGUGAGUGAUUAACUGCACGGACCCCCGAACGAUACUCAAGUGUUUACGAUUACAAGUUGGCCCGCCGGAAGUACAAUAGACAGUCAAAGAGGAGUCUUAUUUUUGGAUAAACUUUAUAAGAGAAACAAGCACAAUCCUGAGAGUCAAGUGGAAUCCCUUGUUUAGCCAACAGCCAGCCAUCGAGGCUCCCCAGGCGUGCGCCAUGUACGAGAAUUCGUGUUCGUAUCAGACGGCGCUGGACCUGAAGCGGGUGUCGCCGCCCACUCUCGCCCAGGUGAAGACGGAGGACUGCCUGACCCUGGGACAGUGCUCGCCGGACUGGACCUCGUACCGCUUCCACCAGUCCACCUUCGAGCAGUUGAAGCAGAGCGUCGAAAAGGCCAAGGCGGCGCUGCAAGAUCGCAGCAGUUUCUUCGGGGCCAGCAGUGCCUUCAGUGACAUCUACUCCAGCCAGCGCUUGACAGACACCCUCGACACCCUGCCCGUUCAGUCCGGGAAUGGGGCUGGUAAUUGCCUAGGCCUUCCACACAAUCCCAAUGUCGGAGUCGGAGUGGGCGUGGGCGUGGGCGUGGCCGGGGUGCUUAACUACAAUGCGGUUAGCAGCAGUACGGCCGGAGUGCUAGGCAGUAGCGGGAACAGUGUGCAGCGACACCGGUUGGACACACUGCAGCCACCGCCUGGCUGCUCACCCGCCGGCACCCAGCACGGCGUCAUCACGUCCAGUGCCGGACAGGUCACGUCCGGAACUCUGGAUGCGGUGAGUGCGGCUCCGGCACUGCCAUCGCUAACAGCGUCCAGCUCCUCGCAUGUGGAUCACAAAGUCAGGGCAGAUAAAUCCUCGCUGGACUGCGCCACCACAUCCUCGCACACGGCGGUGCCCUCGUCCUCUUCCUCCACCAGCGACCAUCAGCAGGGCAGGAUCAGCGGCAGUAAGAGCAGCAGCAGCAGUGGAGCAGGGGGAGGGGGAGCGGCACCAGGAGGCGGCUCUGCACUGUAUUCAUCGUACAAAUCGUCGUGGGGCUCCCACAGUUCGACACAAUCGCAAGGUUACAGCUCGAACGCUUUGGGCAUCAAACAUGAUCCGCACUCACAACUACGGCAACCUGAUCCAUAUCAAAUGUUCGGACCCACCAGCAGCAGACUGGCCAGCUCAGGCUCUGGCCAGAUCCAACUGUGGCAGUUCCUGCUCGAGCUGCUCUCGGACUCCAACAACGCCAGCUGCAUCACCUGGGAGGGCACCAACGGCGAGUUCAAGCUCACCGAUCCCGACGAGGUGGCCCGUCGCUGGGGCGAGCGGAAGUCCAAGCCCAACAUGAACUACGACAAGCUCAGUCGCGCAUUGAGGUAUUACUACGACAAAAACAUAAUGACCAAGGUGCACGGCAAGCGGUAUGCGUACAAAUUCGACUUCCAAGGUUUGGCCGCUGCCACGCAGCCGGCGGCCAGCGAUCCCACCUACAAGUACCAGAGCGACUUGUUCAUGACACCAUAUCACCACAGCGCCAAGCUCAGCUCGUUCAUGAGUCCCCACCACGGCAUGACCUCAUCAUCGGCUUCGAUCUUCCCGUCGGCAGCCUCGUGGGGCAACUGGGGCAGUCCGGCCACCAACCUGUACCAGCCGCACUCGAUGAGCCACGUGACCCCCUCCCACGUGGCGCCCCACCUCAGCAGCUAUCCUCACUACGCAUGACCAUCAUCGUCCGGUGGCGCCUUCUAAUAUGAGAGCAACGCCAUCGCCAGUGCCUCGAGCAUUGGCGGCGGCACCGCCUCGACGGGCGUGGGCAUCGGGGGAGUGGGUGGCAAUGGAGGUGGCUCCGGAGUGACCACCGGUGUGGGAUCCACAUCGAGCAGCACCGCCAGCAGUGGAGCGGGAGGAGGAGGCGCCGGGUCCGGUGGAGGAGGAGCUGGCACAGUCAUGAGCGGCUUUGGCAGCAAUGGCAACCUGAACGGAUCGCAUCUGUCCAGCAGCGGCGGCGGGUCGUCUAGUGUGAGCAACAACCUCAAUAUAGCCACGGCUACCUUGACAGCGACUCCGGCUCAUGCCAGCGCCGGAUUCGGAACCAUCGGCGGACUGAGUGUGGCCGGAAUGGGCGUGGGCGUGGGCGUGGGGGGUGGCAACUCGACGCUCAAUUCGCUAGUUGUGGGCAACCGGCUGAUGAACAGCAGCCUGCCCACGCUGCUCAAAUGAUGCCACCUGGAGAAGUUCGGGCUGACGAUGGGCGCGGGUCCCUCGCCGCCGGCUGCCACGCCCGCUGGCGAAAGUAUGCCGACGUAUCACCAUCCCGGCCAUCCCGCCCACUCCGGACUUCCAGGACACGCCGCCAACUACGGGGCCAACGAGCGGGCCCUGUACGAUUAUCUGGACAUGAAGAGCGGCGAACAGGCCACGUUUUUACUGUAAAUGCAAUGGCAACACUUGAAACCAGAACCACCAGAAAAGAUCCAAAAAACAAAACAAAAAAUCGAAACAAAACAAAACGAAACGAAAUGCAGGCAGCAAAAGUAUUUGCAGCGGAUUUUAUUCAUAGUUACUUAGCGAAUGGUACCCUUAAACCCUACCCAAAAAAAAAAGAGAAAAAACAACCCCCAGCUAAAUAUUUUACGUGUGUGCGAGUGAGUGGGUGAAUGAGUCGUUGUUGCUUUAGGGUUAAGGAACUAACUUUCCACUAAUAUACGAUUAAGAACCGGAACCGAUAUAGUUGGCAUUCGAAGCUAAGCAAAACAAAACUCUAAGUGUUUUUAGUGUACCAAGGACUAACUCUUUCCUUGAAUUAAAAGCAAAACUUUUCCAGGCUAAGACUUCGAACAGUUCUAGAAUUCUCCAAUUGUUGUUAGCAUUUUGUGUGUGAAGCAUUUGUAAAUAGCGAAAUAACAAUAUCAUCCUCCAAAUAACGUUCAGCACAACAGUGAAUGUCUAGUUAUAAAAGUUUGCCACAUUUUCACUUCAAUUUACGAUUUGUAAAUAAGUAUUUGCCUAAGUGUAAAAAUGUUUAGCAAGUAGAGUGGUUUAUUUAUGUUUCAAUUUAUUUAUGCAUUACAUUAUUUUUUGGUUCGAAAACUUUCAUUUAUCCUUUUGAGAUGGUUGACUGUGAUAGUUGAUUGUACAGUUAAAACUCUUAUAUAUUUUUUAAAUACCAAAUUACAAACGAAUAAAUAUUGAAAUAAAUUACGAGUACAUAUUAAUCCCAAGUCUAGGCAUACUUUAUAUUUGUGUGUAAAAAACUUUCUAACUCAUAAGUCAAAGUUUAACUAUAAUAACACGGGCAAACAUAUAUAUAUAUGUAUAUAUAUAUAUAUAUAUAUAUAUAUAUAUAAAUUUAAAUGUGUGUAACUAUGUGUAUUUACCAAAUUGAAAUACGACAAAAUCGAACUAAUCGUAAACGAUCUAAGUGUAUACAAUUUUAAAUUCUGAAUGUAAACUCUACGAAGCGAAAACCAAUAUAAAUCGAUCAUCAGCGAUGCCCACACACCGAAACCCUCUAAGAAUUUAGUUAAUUUAAGGCAAGAACUUUCAACAAAAAUAAAACCCAAUUCAAAACAGA